AGGCUGCAUCUGGAGCCAGCGGAGGAAACGCGUUCCGGCAGCUGGAAGUCUCUCUGUCUCUUUCUCCGUCCAGGUGACUCAAAGCCGCUUUCAUUUGUGCGAGAGAAUUCAACCCGGAUUGCGGUGAUGACUCACCUCUGGGCUCUCCUGGCAGCUCUGCUGCUGGCCGUGUCUGUGGCAGAGCCUCUGAACGCCCCACAGGACGACGAAAAUGAGGUCCUGAAACAAGCUGAGGCACAGUUCACCAAAAGCCAGGACAUUGAGAUUGAGAAUGUCAUUGGAAAUCUCAGUGAAACUACAAGCUACAAACCAACCACAUCAGCCCCUUUCACUACCACAGUUUCCUCAAGCCCCAGUCCCACCCCUCCAUGUCCAGGGAUCCAGGUGGAGCUGGGAGGCGGUGCAGGCUGUGGCUGCCCUGCUGGCAUGCUGAAGGAUGGAGACAACUGUACGUGCGCUGUGGGCUUCACUCUGCAGGGCGCCACAGAGUGUCACGAUGUCAAUGAGUGUGAGGGAGAGGGGCCAGGACUGUGUGGUCUCCACGCCAACUGCACCAAUACCCCCGGCUCCUAUUCAUGUAGCUGUCUCCGUGGUUACCUGAUGGGUGCCAGUGGGUGCCAGGAUAUAGAUGAGUGUGCGCUGGCUGCAGUGACAGGUCUGCAGGCCUGUCGGGGUAGCGCUCAGUGCAGAAACACCCCGGGCUCCUUCACCUGCUCUUGCCCUUUGGGAUACGUAAUGGCUCUGAAUGGACAAGACUGUAUAGAUGUGGACGAGUGUAGCUUUGAGGAGCAGUGUCGCCGGGAGCUGGGGAACGUGUGUGUGAACACUCCUGGUAGCUUUGUUUGCCAGUGCCAGCCAGGUUUCAGAGCAGAGACGCCCGCCUGUGUCGGUCCUGUGUGUCCAGACUACACUGUGUGUCAAGAUGUGGAUGAAUGUAAGGAGAGUCCUCUGGUUUGCACUGGUCAGGGUGUGUGUGAGAACACGCUUGGGAGUUACAAGUGUGUGUGCCAGCCAGGUUACCGAGGAAACGGCACACACUGCGAAGAUGAGAAUGAAUGCGCAUUAGGUGAUCAUGGUUGUGACACCAAUGCUCGUUGCGGCAACAUAAUUGGCUCAUAUUUCUGCCAGUGCUACCAGGGCUUCAAUGGAGAUGGCCAUUCAUGUUUCGACAUUGAUGAGUGUGCAGUGGACAAUGGCCACUGUGAACACACCUGUACCAAUGAGCCAGGGGGGUAUAGCUGCCACUGUGCCACAGGCUACCAGCUACACGAGGGUGGACACAACUGCACAGAUGUGGACGAGUGUGUGGCGCAGAAUGGGACGUGUGAGCAGAUGUGCACCAACACUCAGGGAUCCUUCCAGUGCUCUUGCAGAGCAGGCUACCAGCUGCACAUCGAUGGCCACAGCUGUGUAGACAUUGAUGAGUGUAAGCUCCAGAACGGCGGCUGCUCCCACACCUGCACCAACACGCCUGGAGGACACACCUGCCACUGCCCACCUCCUUUACUUCUGCACACAGACAACCUGCGCUGCGUCAAUGUCACAUCCUGUGAGCUGAGAAACGGCGGCUGUGACCAUAUAUGCACUGUGAGGGCUGAAGGCCACGUCUCCUGUAGCUGCAGAGCUGGGUGGAAGCUGGGCGAGGACCUGAGGAGCUGUGUGGAUGUGGAUGACUGUGGGGAUUUCACAAAUGGAGGCUGUGAGCAGCUGUGUCUGAACCAUCCUGGUGGCUUCAACUGCACCUGCAGGGAAGGGUAUAAACUUCGGACUGACGAUGCCACCAAGUGCCAGCCGGUGUGUGACCCCCCUUGUCAGAACUACGGCGUGUGUGUGAGCCCAAACAGCUGUGACUGUCCUCCAGGCUACCCUGGUCUGGGAUGCUCAGCCAUGUGCUCCCCGCCCUGCGCCCACGGUGGGACCUGUAUGCGCUGGAACAAGUGUUUGUGCCCUCCCGGCUGGACCGGAGCAGGCUGUCACACAGCGGUGUGCGACUUGCCCUGUGCAAACGGUGGUCGCUGUGUGGGGCCUGAUACCUGCCAGUGUCCCUCUGACUACGCCGGCCCCCAGUGCCUCUCGCCCCUCUGCACACCUGCCUGUCAAAACGGGGGGAGAUGUGUGGAUGUCAACAAGUGCACAUGUGUCAGUGGGUGGCAGGGAGCUCGGUGCCAGAUAGAGCCGGUGCAGUGCAACAAAGCCUGCAAGAAUGGUGGAGUGUGUGUGGGCCUCAACAGAUGCCGCUGUGCCAGUGGAUUUACUGGGAGUCUCUGUGAAACCGCGGUGACGACCCCCUGUGUGCCGCCCUGUCAACAUGGAGCCACCUGCAGUCCUCACAACACCUGCACCUGUCCGGAGGGCACAGCCGGCCUGCGCUGCGAGAGACUGACAUGCCCUGUGGUCACCACAGUGGUCAGUAUGGCUCGAGCAGUGAGGAAGGGAUUUCGCGAGAGUUUCGUCGACCGCUGUGGACCCCUGGGAGUUCACCUGUGCACCAAAUACAGGAUAAACCAGGCGCGUGUGUAUCUCCAGGCCUACAGGGUGGGCUACAGGAUCCAGUGCCCAGAGAAGAAGGGGAGAUGAAUGGGACUGGCUCAAGAGUCUGUAUGUUGCUCCUCUAGCCACGGCUCACAGCCCACCCUUAUGGCUACUGAAACUGAAAUGGUGAGAUCGUUUCAUAGGAAAACCUUGACUUUUUCAAUUUUAGCCGAAUAAUGUCCUUCACCAGACAUUAUGCGUCAAGUGGAAAUGAGUUUCUCCAU